AGAAGGAGGGUCCAGGGCAGGGAAAUGUAUUGCAUGCAGAGAGAAUCAAAACUUGGGGAAGAGCCAGGGGGAGAGGGAUAAAGACAUACAGGAUUUCACAAGAGAAAGGGAAUGUGAAGAACGGAGAAAGAUGCUGCUUUUCCAUGGUUGUGAGUGAACUAAAACUUCUCUGCUCCUGAAUUCCGGUCCACUUGUACUUUUUGCCGCCGGGAUGGAGCCCUUGGGGAUGUCCACCAUCCUCCUGGUCGUCUGCAUUUCCUGCCUUCUUCUUUCUGCCGUCUGGAAAAGGGGGGCCCAGGGGAAGGGCAAAAUGCCCCCCGGCCCCACUCCGCUGCCCCUCAUUGGGAACGCCCUGCAGCUGAAGGGCAAGUCCUUGGACCAGGCGCUCUGCAAGAUCGGUGAGGAGUACGGCCCUGUGUUUACACUUUACUUGGGGAUGAAUCCCGCUGUGGUGCUGCAUGGCUAUGAAGCCAUUAAAGAAGCAUUGAUUGACCAUGGCAAUGAUUUUGCUUCCAGGGCAAUAAUACCAUUGGUAGAAAAAACGAGUGAAGGGAAAGGGAUCAUAUUCAGCAAUGGGGAACGCUGGAAACAGAUCCGGCGUUUUACCUUGACCACCCUCCGCAACUUUGGGAUGGGGAAGAAGAGCAUCGAGGAGAGAAUCCAGGAAGAAACCCAGUAUCUCCUGGAACAAUUCCAUGACACAAAGGGGAAACCCUUUGACCCACGAAAGCUCUUCGGCUGUGCUACCUCCAAUGUCAUCUGUUCCAUUGUCUUUGGGAAGCGCUACGAAUACAACGACAAGAGGUUUCAAACCUUGGUAGCCAUAACAGAUGAGAACACUGAGCUUUUUAACUCUGGUUGGGGACAGCUCUACAAUACCUUCCCUGCUCUGAUGGAAUGGAUCCCAGGGCCCUUUCAGCACCUGAUGCAAAGCUGUGUCACAUGCAGAGAAUUCAUUCUGGAGGAAGCCAAGGAGCACAGGGCUACUCUGGACCCCAGCUCGCCUCGAGAUUUCAUUGACUGCUUCUUUAUCAGAAUGGAUCAGGAGAAGGACAAUGAGGCCUCUGAGUUCACUAUGGAGAACCUGGUCAUGAGCAGCCUGGAUUUGUUUGGUGCAGGAACUGAAACGACCAGCACUACGCUCCGAUACGGGUUCUUGAUCCUCCAGAAGUUCCCACAGAUUGAAGAGAAAGUGCAAGAAGAGAUUGACCAGGUGGUUGGUCGCUCCCGAAUUCCCAGCACGGCUGACCGUGGACAGAUGCCUUAUACAGAUGCCGUCAUCCAUGAGAUCCAGAGAUUCAUCUCUCUUACGCCAGUGGCCCUCCCCCAUUCCGUGGUCAACGACACACCGUUCAGAGGAUACGUCAUCCCAAAAGGUACCACCAUCUUCCCUGUUCUGACCUCGGUGCUGCAUGACGGCAAGGAAUUUCCCAACCCCACGGAGUUUAACCCAGGACAUUUCCUGAACCCGGAUGGGACCUUCAGGAAGAGCAACUACUUCAUGCCCUUCUCGGCAGGCAAACGGAUCUGCGCAGGAGAAGGCCUGGCCCGCAUGGAGCUCUUCUUGUUCUUCACUUCAAUCCUCCAGAACUUCAAGCUGAAGCCCCUCAUGGAUCCCAAGGACAUUGACCUCUCACCCAUGAAAGGGAGCAUGAACAACCUCCCUUGGCCCUACAAGUUCUGCAUUAUCCCUCGCUGAAAAACUCACAUCCGGUGAAUUGGUAUCAUUCAAAUCUGUACCUGUGGGAGGGUUUAACUUGCUUGUCAUUAAAUGUUCUUUUAACCUACUCUCCCUAUUUCCCAUUCUACAUUGUUUUCAACUGAUUUUGCAUGUGGAUAUUCCAGGCUGAGAAGGCUGUGUCUUUGGAGUCUUCUCUCCUGGACUUUUAGGUUUGGCUUCUUAAUGCUUGCUUUUCAGAGCCUUUUUUGAUUCCCUGAGCCUUUGCUCAUGUAAACUUAAUGAAUGAAGGCAACUAUUAUCACAGGCUUAACUUUGAUUGGUGUGGUCUUUUUAGGAAUCUCUAAGAAUCUAGGAAAUUUGUGAGCACAGAGUUGUGCUGAAUAAUCUCUCUGGGAAUCUCUAGACCCUCCAGCAGAACUCUUAUGGGGGAAAUUGAUCACGGAGUCCUACUGGAGGACUUAGAGAUUUCUGGAGGAGCCGUCUCAGGUUAAAGUAGUAAUGGUGUGUUAUUCAUGUUUUCCCCACAUCUAGCAGGGGUUUAUCUAAAGUCCUUAUAGCUAAAACAACUCUGUGGAAAUGUCCAGAAAACAUUUGUGUCACCACCAUCACCAUUGCCACUCAUGUAUAUUCAUGAGAUCAUUGCAUAUAUGAUGGUGGGAUUAGGGUGACCCAUGAGUGUCCUGCAAGGGGAUCUGGAGAUCAUGGUGAAGAGAGACCCAGUCUCCAGUUCUAAGGGAGGAAUGUGCAAUCAAGGAUCUCAUAUUGCGAUGCUACCAUGGAGACCAGUUGGGUGAUUACUAGGGGUGUGUAAUUCAGGGAAAAAAAACCAUGCCAUUUUGGUGCCUGGUUUUUGGCUGCCACCCUGUUCCAUUUUUAGGAAACUUUGCUAAUUUGGGAGGGGUCUCUGUUUUCGUACCAGAAAGAUUUGGUCCAUUGGCACCAAUGGGGAAUCUUUAGAGACUUAUUUUUAGGCCUAUCAGCAUGAAAGUCACCUCACUUGUAGGCCACAACUUCUACUGCAAGCCUGCCAAAUUUUGGAACGUUUCAUCAAUUCACUAAGCUUUUGGAAUUUUUUUGUAGGUUUUUAUCAUAACAUUAAAAAAAAACCCACAAGAGAGGGUUCUGGGAAUUAAGUCCCAAGCUCACACCACAAGUGGGGAGGAGAAUGGACAGACACAGUCACCAGCUCUCUGAUUGGCUGAGAAAGAAAGUGAGAAACAUGCAGAGAGAUAUGCCUCAACCCCCAUCAUGCCCUGGAAGGGAACAAUAGACAUUGGUCUCCAUUGGCCAAAAAGGUAUGGAUGCUCUGAUCUCUUCUGGAUAAGGCUUCAGCUGCCCCAUGCCAGAUUCAUUUUCAUGCAUUCGGCAACCGAUUCCACCAAAUCACUUGAAUCCAGGACACAAAUAUGAAGCCGUGCACAUCCCUAGUGAUUACUGGACUUGCAAUAUGGGAGUGAUAGCGUGGAUAUUUGUGCCUACGUUUUGCUAGUUUCUGUCCCCAAAGUGGAGAUGUGGACUGUGCCAAGUACUGCAGUUGAAAAGUGAUAAGAUAAGCAGUUGGGUAAAGAAUCAAACAAUGUGCGUUAAUGUGCAACUAGCCAAGCAAAAGGCAUAGAAAAUAUGGCAUUGAGACAGUUCUGUCCACUUGGAAAGAUAGUAAAAGGAGGAAGGGUUGUGAGGCAGUUGAGGCAGAAACCCAGAUUUCGUGAGUCAGAAGGCCCAUCGAGACUGGCCCAAAAUGCGGAACCUGUCUCAAUCCAAAUGACGCCUCCAGUAAAAGCAAAUUAAUCUGGAGUAUCCCUGGGCUUUCCCUGGUUUAUUUCACAUUGAUUAAACAUCUCACUAUAUCUGGAUUUUUAUGAAAGAUCCAUGUCUAAUGAGGUGCUGGACAUGUGGAGACAGAGUUUUGGGGUGUGGACUAGAACUCGCAUGGAAGCGGAUUACUUUAACCUGUUUUGGUGCUGGUUUUAGGUAUGUGUGGAAGUGCCCCGAGUCUCCAUCAGGUCACUUCUGAAGGGACACAAAGGUCUCCUCUCUCCUCUCAACAGGAGACACAGCCAUUGGGAAAGCAGAGGGUCAAAACCACAGGAUAUCAGUGGAGUCUCCCCGUGGAUGGACUUCCUCUUGGGACAUGGGUUUAAUCUACAGAUUGGGUUUUAAUAGCCUUUUGAUUGCUGUUGUCAUUUGUGUUUUAUUGUUUUGUGUUCUAGUUAAUUAAAUGGACAAUUUAUCUUAA